CCCUUGCCCGAACCAGGGAGGGGGAUGGGCUGAGCUGGGAGGUGCCUGAGGUCACAUGGCUGUUGUGCUUGAGCCCCGGUUUGAAGCCCAGCCCCGAGCCUCUGGGAUGCUGACGGCACCGGGAGCCGGACCCUCCCGAGCCGGCCUUACCUCUCCUGUGCGGGGCCGCGCUUUGCUCUUCCCGCACCUGGUGUCGAGCCCUGACUUACCAGGGAAGGAUCGAAUCAUAUUUGUGACCAAAGAAGACCACGAGACUCCAAGCAACGCAGAGCUGGUGGCCGAUGACCCCAAUGAUCCGUAUGAGGAACAUGGACUGAUCCUGCCAAACGGAGACAUCAACUGGAACUGCCCAUGCCUUGGUGGGAUGGCCAGUGGCCCGUGCGGGGAACAGUUCAAGGCAGCCUUUUCCUGCUUCCACUACAGCAAGGAGGAUGUCAAGGGGUCGGACUGUGUGGACCAGUUCCGGGCCAUGCAGGAGUGCAUGCAGAAGUAUCCAGACCUCUACCCCCAGGAAGAGGAGGAGGAGGAGGAGGAGAAGCCAGCAGACCCCUUACAGGAAGCAGCUGCCUCCGAGGCCAGUGCAACCAAAGAGGAGGCGGCGUCGAGCUAAUGAUGGCCGGGGCACUGGGCUCCAGCCGCCUUCAGAGCCCAGACGAACGUCUCCAAGAACGUGUCUUUUCCCUCCGUUCCGUGCACUGUAAUGUACAAAAUAAGUUAUUGUGCUGACUGGGGUCUUGGCCCCUUGCCGUAUAUACACUGAAAAACGGGGUUGUGUGUAUGUGUGUCUCACAUGAACCUGUUGGUGAAUGUCGCUGCCACUUUUGAGUCCUCAGAUUGUCCUGAAUUUUGCCACUUGGAAAUAACGUGCUGAAUCAUCUCAGCAACCAGAAAUCACUAUCUGGGAGUGACUCUUGUGAGUGAGCUGAUUUGUUUUGAUUCUUCGUGUUCCUUUUAGUAGAUUUUAUACCCAGUUGGAAAGUGAAAUAGAAACAGAACGUUUUCCCUUACAAAUGCUGGAGUGGGGCCAUUCCUUGUAGCAGAGCGAUCAGAGGGCGAUCAGCCCUCGAGUAUUUGAGGAGGCAGUAUGCUUUGCUUCUGGUUCCUUCUGGUUUCCAGUUUUGCCUUGAGCUCCAGGUUUUCUGCGGUUAGAAAGCAGAGCUUUGGACUCUGAGUGAAUCCCUUUGUAAGUGAAAAGCUCUGCUCUGGGACCGCGUUCACACUGGUUCUGUCUCAGCUUGUCCGGAUGCAGUGCUCCUGAGAGGUGGGGACCUAAUCAUUACCAGAGUGCGAGGCAAGAGAGGAAACGGUGUCAAUUAAAAGGAAAACAUGGUUUUUACCUGA